AUGAACGACGGACAAACAACAGACGAAUGUGAAGAAGUUGGUGUAAAUGCUGUAGAUCUAAAUUCUAGUUUCACUAAAACUAUUCAGAUUGAUAAACCUAUAUGUUAUUCUAUCGUUAUUAUAGAAAAUGAUGAUGAUUUAUUGUAUUCCAAUUUUUAUUGUGAUGAAAUGAAUGUAGAUACUAUUCCCGAUAAUUACGAACAUCAGUGUCAUAUAUGUGAGGAGGGGUUUAAUUAUGAUGAUAUCAGAGUAAGAGAUCACGAUCACUUAACAGGUGAUUUUCGCGGAAUAGCUCAUAACCAUUGUUAUGACUCCCAUCUGAUUUUCAAAAAUAUUCCUCCUAAACUAUUUUUGAGAAUUCAGAUUAUCCCAUUUACAUUUAUAUUAAGGAAAAAAGCCUUCAAGGGGUAUGUCAGAAGUUAUAGAGCAUUUAUCUCUAAUUAUACAGAUCCUAGUAUUUUAUUUGAAAAUGUUAGACAUACUAUUUAUAAUAUUUUGACUAAUGAUGAUUUAAUUUCAAGGAUGAAAUUUUUAUUAAAUCUAAAGAUAAAAUUUAUAAAAUAUUCAGAAAAUGAAACUAUUACGUAUCAGGAUGUGUUUUUCUCCAGUCGAGUAGAACAUAUUUUAUCUCGGUAUAUGAUCGAUGAAAGGUUAACAAAUGCUUUUGAUACAAUUUUAAACUUCAUUGAUCAGUUUAUAAAAAACGGAUCAGGGUGGAUAAUUAAGGAAAUUAUAUUUUUAGAUAUUCAUUUAGGAAUUUAUAAGGCUGAGAGUGGUGGAUGUGGUAAUAUCAUCCUACCAAAACAUUUAAUUAAUAAGCGUUGUUUGUUGAAUAUUAAAUGUAGUGAUAAUCAAUGUUUUUUAUACUGCGUAAUUGCUAGUUUGUAUCCAAAUACUAACAACAAAAAUUCGAUUUAUUCGUACAGGAAAUUUUUGAAAUAUUUAAAUACAAAUACCCUAAAAUUUCCAGUAAAUAUUAAAAAUAUUCCAUCAUUUGAAAAAAAUAAUAGUUUAAAAAUUCAAGUAUUUGGAUAUGAAAAAAAAAUAAUUUAUCCUAUUUAUAUAAGUAAAUAUCAGUUCGAAAAAGAAAUUAAUUUGUUAUUAUAUAAAUCCCAUUAUUUUCUAAUUAGAAAUUUUAACAGACUAUUGUCAGAAAAAUCAGGAAUACGAAAAUUUUGUAAACGAUGUCUUAUAGGCUUUCAAAGAAGCCAUACUUUAAAUGAGCAUGUGAAAAUAUGUUCUAAUUAUAAAUAUCAGAAAGUUUCUACCCCGACUGGAGAAAGAGCGGUUGCUAAAUUUACUAAUUACGAGAAGCAAUUAUAUCACCCCAUAGUAAUUUAUGCUGAUUUUGAAUCGAUUCUAGAAGAAGUUGAUGUAAACGCUGUAGAUCUAAAUUCUAGUUUCACUAAAACUAUUCAGAUUCAUAAACCUAUAUGUUAUUCUAUCAUAAAAUAA